ACCCACACAAAACCUCUGCGUCGGUUCAACUUUUAGAAACACCAUCUCUUUCAUCUUCCACUCUCUAAAUCAUAAAAACGAUUUCAAAAUUCAGAGCAUCGAAUCCUAAACUCCAUGGAGGUCUCCGGCUUGGUUUCCCGCCAAAUUCCGUGCUUUUCCGGCGCGGGAAUUGAUACCCGGUCUUCCGGAUCGUUUUCCGGCGAGGUCCAUUUUCCGGGCCGGAAUGAAUAUGGGGCGAGUUUGAGGAGCAGAAGGGUUGAUAUGAAUUCUGGGUUUUGCGAUAACGGGCAUGUGGAGUAUUAUUAUUCGGGUCCCAGAUGCGGUGGUGGUAAUAAGAAGGAGAAGGAGAUCAAGAAGAAGUUGAAGUUGCUUAAAGGAUUAGCGGAGCUGUCUUCGUCGACUCAGAUCAGUACAGGGUUGGAUUCCGAGGAGGGUUCGGCAGCUCAAGUCCAGAGGAAGCUGAUUUCGGAGGGUGCAGAGGCAUUGCUGCAGCAAUUGGAACAGGUGAGAGCUGAGGAGAAGGAGAUGAAGAAAAAGAAGAAAGAAGAGAAGGCGAGGCUUAAAGCCGAGCGGAUGAAGACCAUGAAGGACUGUGAGUCGUCGUCUUCAUCUGAGUCGAGCGAGAGUGAAUGUGGGGAGGUGAUUGACAUGAACAGGGUGAGAAGUGAAGUUCCCAAGCAAGCGAUGCUAGAGGGUGUGAAGCCAUUGGCUCAAGAACGGGUGGCAUUGUUGACCCAACCGAGUUUGGUAACCACACUUCAAGAAGAUAAAUGCUGCAAUGGAACUAGUACUAGUUUUGGCAGCAGUGAUAGUAUUGAUCUUAACAAUGCUUCUUCUAGCUCAGCUACAGAAGCAUCUAUCGUGGCGAAGGUUGAAGUUUGCAUGGGCAAGAAGUGCAAGACAUCAGGAGGUGUAGAAUUGUUGGAGGAAUUCGAGAGGUUGAUGGGUGUCCAAGGCAGUGUUGUUGGGUGUAAGUGUUUGGGAAAAUGCAAAAAUGGUCCGAAUGUCAGGGUUGUGAAUUCCGUAAAUGGGAUCAAAUCCGAAGAAGGAACAGAGGAUUCUGUAAGGAAUCCCACUAAUCCUUUGUACAUUGGAGUUGGCCUGGAAGAUGUGAGCCUCAUUGUGGCCAACUUAAUGGGGGAAGUCAAGAAGGAUUUGGGGGUUGCCACUGCAAUUUAGAGAAGCAUUCUAGAAUCACCUGCAAUUGAAUUCUUUUCUUAUGUUACACUUGUAAAUCUAGAUAUACUAGCUUAAUUUUUCAUGUACCUAGUCUUAUUCAUUCCUUACAUACCCCAAGUCCUGUACGUUUUUCUUGUAUUUGGGUUGAAUAAUGAAUAUUACGAUCCUCUACAUUAUAAUGG